AAAGAUGACGUGUCGCUGAGCUACCUCUUCUGCUCCUCUCUCUGGCCAGGCUGAGGCACACAGCAGCAGCUCAGCCGCUACACCGCACCGAUAUCCGCCCGGAGCACCGACACGCAGCGCCAUGGGGAUUAAAUUUUUGGAGGUGAUAAAACCAUUUUGUGCAGUAUUACCCGAAAUCCAGAAACCUGAGAGACGAAUUCAGUUCAGAGAGAAGGUGCUAUGGACAGCCAUCACACUGUUCAUCUUCCUGGUGUGCUGCCAGAUUCCCUUAUUCGGUAUCAUGUCAUCAGACUCUGCAGAUCCUUUUUACUGGAUGAGAGUCAUUCUGGCUUCCAACAGAGGUACAUUGAUGGAGUUGGGUAUCUCUCCCAUCGUCACAUCGGGCCUCAUCAUGCAGCUGCUGGCUGGAGCUAAAAUUAUUGAGGUUGGAGACACACCAAAAGACAGAGCUCUGUUUAACGGCGCCCAGAAACUGUUUGGAAUGAUCAUCACCAUUGGCCAGGCCAUUGUGUAUGUGAUGACUGGCAUGUAUGGAGAUCCAUCAGAGAUGGGCGCUGGCAUCUGUCUGCUCAUCAUCAUCCAGUUGUUUGUGGCAGGGUUGAUUGUGCUGCUGCUGGACGAGUUGCUGCAGAAGGGCUAUGGUUUGGGUUCGGGUAUCUCGCUUUUUAUUGCCACCAACAUCUGUGAAACAAUCGUAUGGAAAGCCUUCAGUCCAACUACAGUCAACACAGGCAGAGGCACUGAGUUCGAGGGAGCCAUUAUCGCUCUGUUCCACUUGCUGGCCACUCGUACUGACAAAGUGCGAGCUCUGAGAGAGGCCUUCUACAGGCAGAACCUGCCAAACCUCAUGAAUCUCAUCGCUACUGUCUUUGUCUUUGCUGUAGUUAUAUAUUUCCAGGGCUUCAGAGUCGAUCUGCCUAUCAAGUCUGCACGUUAUCGUGGACAGUACAACACAUAUCCCAUCAAGCUUUUCUACACCUCUAACAUACCCAUCAUCCUGCAGUCUGCUUUAGUGUCCAACCUGUACGUCAUCUCUCAGAUGCUCUCCACUCGCUUCAGUGGCAACUUCCUGGUCAACUUGCUGGGUACCUGGUCUGAUACCACGACUGGAGGGCCAGCUCGUGCGUACCCUGUAGGCGGUCUGUGUUACUACCUCUCCCCUCCCGAGUCAUUUGGCUCCGUUCUAGAUGAUCCAGUCCAUGCUGUCAUCUACAUCGUCUUCAUGCUGGGCUCCUGUGCUUUCUUCUCAAAGACAUGGAUUGAGGUGUCUGGGUCUUCCGCCAAAGAUGUUGCAAAACAGCUUAAAGAACAGCAGAUGGUGAUGAGGGGACACAGAGACACAUCCAUGGUGCAUGAACUCAACAGGUACAUCCCCACAGCAGCAGCAUUCGGAGGAUUGUGUAUAGGUGGCCUUUCUGUCAUGGCUGAUUUCCUGGGUGCCAUCGGCUCAGGAACGGGAAUCUUGCUGGCCGUCACAAUCAUCUACCAGUACUUUGAGAUCUUCGUAAAGGAACAAAGUGAAGUCGGCAGUAUGGGUGCUCUGCUCUUCUAAACAACGAAACCAAGCCCUCCAGAGGCACCUUGGACUGACACAUUUGUUUCUUAUUCAGUUCUUUUUAUAUAAUUAUUGUUUUAUCCUAUGGACACGAUCUGCCAUUUGUGCCCCCCCCCAAAAAAAAGCCUCUCAGAAUUUACUAUAGGAAUGUCUUAGUCCCUGUAUCGCUUGUGGGACUCUCAUCUAGUCAGCCAGUACACCAUCUGCUGCCUUUUAAUCAAGUUACUAAUGGUUAAAAGCGCUGAUGGUUAAUGUGGAAUUGGCGACUUGGACAUACGCAGCAUAUGUUGGUUCCUCCAACCCAAGAUUACACCAGUGCUUGUGUGUGUGUUCAGGUAACUGCAGUGUCAUGCCAUGUCAUGGAGACUGUUAAUAAAUCUGAUGUAAAUAAAAACUUUUUUGACAAAAGUCUAAA